AUGGGCCCAUUUGUAAGCUCGUAUGGGUUGAAAUAUAUCCUAGUAGUUGUAUACUAUGUAUCAAAAUGGGUAGAAGCGGUGGCAUUGGCUGACAAUGAAGGAAAAAGAGUUCUGGAAUUUCUGAAAAAGAACAUAUUCUCCCAUUUUGGAGUACCAAGAACAAUCAUAAGUGAUGGGGAAUCCCAUUUGUGCAAUAAAGUCUUCAGGGCUAUGCAGGCGAAGUACGGAGUAAAACAACACUGUGUAGCAACUCCUUAUCGCCCACAAACUAGUGGGCAAAUGGAGGUGUCAAAUCGCAAGAUCAAGGCCAUUCUCGCCAAAACGGACCAGAAGUGCCAUAAAGAGGAAAAUUGGGCGCAUUUGAGCUACUGGAAAGUUGCGACGAUACACUUAACGGACUGCCAAACUACUGAUGGACCACCACACUCAACCGUCAAAAAUAGGAAGGAAAAUGCAUUCACUGGAUAA